AUGUCGUAUUUAUUAGCCACACUUGUCGCCGCAGUGCUGCUCGGUUCUGAGGCUUUGGGGAAAACUGUGACGGGACGUUUUAAGAGCGAAGCGGCGAGACAGCAGAAUGGCCAGUUCAUCACUAAAUUCAUGUACCAAGGUGAUAAUGGUCUGUUGGUGUGCAGGCUGGACAACUCUGCUCUGGCUGCUGAGAAGGAGUCCAGGCUGCUGCUGUAUCAGGAUAUGGACUCCACGCUGGACAACCUCAGCUGCUCUGAGAGGCUCGCUAAAGCUGAGUUCUCCAUUUCUCUCAGUCAAGACGAACACAACCAGACGAUCCCUCGUCAGUUCUCUCCUACAUCGUGGCGGGCCCUGUAUGCUGACAGAUAUACAUGUCAGGAAAGUGCAGUGAUUCCUGCUCAUGCUGAUCUCAGUUUUACCAUCUUGCUGUUUAACCCUGACUCAGCUGGGAAUCCUCUGGAGCACUUCAGCGCGGAGGAGGCAGGUCUUCACAGUUUCUACUUCCUGCUGCUGCUGGCCUACUUCAUCGCCUGCUGCAUCUACAUCCAGCCUCUGUACCAGGCUCUGAGGAAAGGAGGUCCCAUGCACACCGUCCUCAAAGUGCUGACCACGGCGCUGGCGUUACAGGCCUGCUCCGCUCUCUGCAACUACAUCCACCUGGCCAGGUAUUCCAGAGAUGGUACUGGUAUUCCUCUGAUGGGCAGCCUGGCAGAGUUCUGGGAUAUGGUGUCCCAGGUGUCCAUGCUGUACAUGUUACUGAGUCUGUGCAUGGGCUGGACUCUGAGCCGAGGCAGGAAGCCUCAGUCCAGACCUCUACAGUGGGAACAGUCUCCGGCAUCCACGGCUGUCGCUGUAGGUGGAGUUGUUAUACAGGGCGUGUUGCUGCUGUGGGAGCAGUACUCCGAGACAGAGAGUCAACAUCACAGCUACCACGCCCAGCAGAGUCUGGCAGGUCUCCUCCUCAUGGCUCUGAGAGUGGGCCUGGCCCUCCUGCUGGCCUCUGUCCUCUACCAGAUCAUCUCCACCGAGAGGAGCACCCUGAAGAGAGACUUCUACCUCUGCUUCGCUAAGGGAUGCUUCCUGUGGUUCCUCUGCCAUCCCGUCCUCUUCCUCAUGUCGGUCAUCUUCAACGAGCACCAGAGGGAGAAGGUGGUGACUAUCGGCGUGAUCCUCUGCCAGUCCAUCUCCAUGGUGAUCCUCUACCAACUCUUCCUGUCUCGUUCUCUCUACUGGGAGGUCUCCUCUCUCUCCGCUGUGUCUCUGCCGCUCACCAUGUCCAGGACGAACCACAGAGGGCGCUACUGAGCGCAUCCACUGUCACACACACAAUCCAGGGAGAGCACACUGUGACACGGAGGCUUCACUCCCGCUACCUGCCACUGUGUGCGAGGUGGGAGACCUCCUGAGCACGAAGACAGGAAGUGCUGUAACACUGCAGGGACUGUUCUCCUUUACUGUUACUGUUUCCUGGGAGACAAGUAGUAGCCACUAGCAAGCAAGUCAACAGGGAACUACAGCUCGGGUCACUAAACGACCAGAGGAAGAUAUUUACAGUAACACCCUACCUCUAGAACCAACAUUGACAUUACUGAGCAGGAGGAGAGAUAUUUAAAGCAGGACGCCAGGCUUUCUGUGACACGCUGGAUGUCAGAACUAACAGCCAAAGUACAAUUUCAGAACAAAACACGCAUGAUGAAGCUGGAUUGCCAAGAUUCAGGAUUUUAGGAUGCAUCUGCACAUUGCAAACACUGACUCAUCAUCAGUGUCGCGGAGAGAUAAUUGUUUGGACCUCAAGGACACGGCCCAGGAUCAGGAUCAGAUCAGAGGGGUUUGUUGCAUCCGAGGAAACUUCUCUGCAAGGACACAAAUGUGCGUCUUUGUGCUCUUGGCUUCAGUCACUAUUACUAUAAGGGAAAAUACAAAGCACAGGGAAGCGUUACACCACUGAUUAGCUGUGGUGUUAGGGAUGCAGGAAGGGUUCUAGUCAUUCAAUGAAACUUGGAUCAGAUCGCCAAAGAGAGAGCUUGUAAGUCAGAUUUCAGUAAGGCUGUUGUUAUUCUGUGUUUUUCUUAUUGCCAACAAAUCCCAUGAAAAGACAAACACAACAAUCACCCUCACCUCACCUGAAGAGGUAAAUCUUCAGCAGCAACUCAGUACUUUCUGACCUCUCAACUACAAGUCCAACAUGUCAGAAAUAUAUAUUUUCAUUUUCAGAAUCAGCUCAGUAAUUUCCAACAGCUGGGCACUGUAGUUUUUUGUAAAUGUUAGUUAAACUGGAGUAAAUGCUGCAUUUGUUUGGGACUACUUUCAGCUGUGGAUGGAUACACAUUUGGUCUCAAAUGCACAGUUUAAACAGAGUCUCUUACCUUUAAUUACACUACAUUUUCUCCAAAAUAAGUUCUCAUGGUGGUCCAUUAAAACAGGAGGGACUUUGCCUCUUGAAACACUGUAGGCUCUGGUCUUUUCACAGGAUUUAUUUACAAUAAGAGAGCAAAUUAACAUGCGUUGAUUGAUGGAUCAGUAUGUGGUAAGAUUGAUAUGUUACUCUGGAUGAACAGAUGGAGGUGGAGAGUGAACUGGAUGGACUUACAGAUGGAUGUACUGAGGGAGGGACAGAUGGAAGUGUGGAGGUGGUUACAGUAUGUCAACAGGUAAAGUCUCCGAAAUACAAAGGAUGAGUGCGCUUCUGUGUUUGCACAUGCAAAGUGAGCCAAAAAAUCAGUGUGUGCUCCCUUUAUUUCUUUACGCUUGACAUGAGUUUACGAGCUGACAGCAUGUGAAACCUUGAAAUCAUAUGAACUUCAUGUAGCUGGAGACACACUGCAUGACAUCUUUUUUUAAUGUUUUAUUUUCCAUUCACUGCACCCUGAGCUGGAGCGCUCUGCCUGGGCCAAUGAUAUUCCUGAUUACACACUUACAGCCCGGUGGGAACAGACCUGCGGGUUCAUUUAGGACUGACAUACAGAAGAAAAUAAAAUUCCACUUCUGACAGCUGACGUAAUAGGUGACAUAUUUAUUAUUCGUUGUGUAUUUAUUUCUUUAAAGUGAAUGUAGGUGUGUUAUCUGGGCAGUAUGUACUGUAUGCACUGUACUGUCUAUUUUAUUCGACACUAUGACACUCCUUGUCUACUUGGGAAACAACAAAAUAUUUGGAACAACAUUUAGUCCUCAGAUUGUUUCACAUGGAUACGGUUCAGGUUAUAUUUGUUUUAAAAACAGGAAAACAAGUUCUGUCCAGUCAUUCCAUUUUUUAUUUUUGCAGUAUUCACACUCCAGUGUCCAUAUGUCACAUGUAUUUAUUUUCUAUACAACCCAGCCUGUGGAAAUUUGGGAUCUGUGAUCAUUACAGCUGUAAUAAAGCAAAUGUAAUAAAAUACAUUUUGAAAUAACGUAGCUAAUCUUAAAUGCUUGUCUUCUGGCUAAUGUUCUUCAUGAUGUUAUGCUGGUUUCAUUAUUAGAAUAUACACCAGAGUCAUGGGGCUGUUUACUUAAACUAUGGAGGCAAAAAAGAGGCACAAGACACAACCACUGAAUACUUAAUAUUGAAAUGUAAACACCAUUGAAUUCAUAACAUUGAUUUUUUUUUUUUUUUUACUUUGAAAACAAAACAUGUACCUGAAUUUAUUUCUGCUGAA